UCCAUCUCCACUCAAUAUGCAACCAACACUUCGUAGAGCUGCAGGCUUUAUCUAUCGCCAAAAUAACGUCCCUCACUACCAGAGGCUAUUCCAGAAAAACGACGGAGUCAGACAAUGGAACAAGGUGCGUAGAGAUGCUAUACGCGCUUACACAGCUGGCGUCUACGUCGACCUUGAAGCAAACGCGUCCCACCCACCUCGUGCCACAAAGACAACACAUGGAUGAAAAGUGGAAGACAUGGAAUCUCUGCUGACUUGGACUGCAUCAGACUCCCCGUAGUAAAUACAUGCUUUACCCAUACUACGCAGUGUUGUGGGGCUCCUUCGGUGCAUCCACUUACUGCAUGUGCCGCAUGGUAUUGGGCCACAAGACUUGGUUCGGCG